AUGAGUUAUACGCAGCGCGGUGCCCUUGAUGACCUUCUCUAUCGAAGGGAGCCAGCCUGGUGGGAACUCCUAGCGGAGGACCCUUUGCUCUUUGUCGCGCGACGAGCCUUCGCCGCAUGUCAGCCAAAUCCCCCACCAGAAGCGGACGAUCUGCAGUGUUCGAGCCCUCCUCGGGCCCGCGUCGUGUGUAUCUCGGAUACGCAUAAUCAUCAUAGUCUCCUUCCCCCUCUCCCGCCCGGCGACAUCCUUAUCCACGCCGGGGAUCUCACGAUGUCGGGGACGGAAGAGGAGAUCGAUUCCGCUCUGGCAUGGCUCGAUGCGGCUCCGCAUGCACACAAGAUCGUCAUUGCCGGAAACCACGACACCGCGCUCGCAUCCGAGCAGCGCGACGCCAUCCUUCAACGAUAUCCCAGCCUAACCUAUCUCGAGGACUCUUCGAUAACGCUGGAAGUGCAGGGGAGGCUGCUGUCUGUCUAUGGAAACCCCCGCUCCCCGAAACAUGGCUCCGGGGUGUUCCAAUACCAAUAUGAUGCAUACCACUGGGAGCGUCGCCUCCCACCUUACACGGAUAUCCUCGUCACACACGGUCCUCCCAAGACCCAUCUUGACUGGAAGCUCGUCGGAUGCCAACACCUUCUCAAGAGCGUCUGGCUCACACGCCCGCGAUUGCAUGUCUGUGGGCACAUCCAUGUGGGGCGAGGGGUGCGGUAUCUAACGUGGUCGAGGCCCCAGAAGUGGUACGAGCUGGCCUGUCAAACGAACGCGGGCAGGUGGAGCAGGUUAAUCAACACUGCUCUGGUCGUUGGCGCGGCGCUGGGGGCGAAGAUUAUCGGCAGACCAAAAUUCCGGGGUGGGGAGGGUACGAUACUUGUCAACGCGGCGUCGGCCGGAGGCGCGAGGGACAAUCUCCGCCAAGGACCUAUCGUCGUGAACGUGCCUCUACCAGAACGGUGACAUGGGCUUGGUUCGGUAUCUACUCGUGUAGUUUUGGC